AUGAGCCUGCCCUGGGCAGAGCGCGCCCGCGAGCCGCCCUCAGAGCCGCCAGCGCCCGGCCCGGAGCACGGCGGCUGCGGCGGCUUCGCGCCCGGCUCCUGGCUCGGCGUCUGCUGCGCCGCCCGCCUGCCCGCCGCCGCCUCGCCGCGCUACCUGCUGCCCGCCGAGGACGACGAGGCGGCGACGGCGGAGGGCGGCGCGGCGCGGGGCGGCGGGAGCAGCCCCGGCGGGGCGCGGGGCGGCGGGCGGCCGCGGGGCGGCGGCGGCGGCCCCGGGCUGCGGGCGCAGGUGAGCGGCGUGCAGAAGCAGCGGCGGCUGGCGGCCAACGCGCGGGAGCGGCGGCGGAUGCACGGGCUGAACCACGCCUUCGACCAGCUGCGCAAUGUCAUCCCCUCCUUCAACAACGACAAGAAGCUCUCCAAGUACGAGACGCUGCAGAUGGCGCAGAUCUACAUCAGCGCCCUGGCCGAGCUGCUGCACGGCCCCGCCGCCCCUUCCGACGGCUCCGGCAAGGCCGAGCACCGCGGGGCCCCCUUCGAGCCGCCUGCGCCGCCACCGGGGCCGGAGCUCCGCCGGGCCGCCGGCGCCGCCGCGGGACCGCCCAGAGCGUCGCCCCCCGGGCACGGCCGGACUCGCUUCCCCCCGGCGCCGGCCGCGGGGGGCUACUCGGUGCAGCUCGACCCGCUGCACUUCUCCUUUGCGGAGGGCGCCCUGAUGGGACAGAGAGCCCCUUCCCCUGCCCUCCUCCUGCCGCAGCCCGGGCAGCCGCCGCAGGAGAGGAGCAAGACGUCGCCCCGGUCCCACAGGAGCGACGGGGAGUUCUCGCCCCGCUCCCACUACAGCGAUUCGGACGAGGCCAGCUAA